AAUUUCUAGAUAUUGGUUGUGGUUAUGGUGGUUUAUUGGUUGCUUUAUCUAAAAUUUUCCCAGAAACUUUAAUGUUAGGAAUGGAGAUUAGAGUAAAGGUAGAAGAGUAUGUACGUGAACGUAUUAAUGCAUUACGUUCACAAAAUCCUGGUCAAUAUCAAAAUAUUUCAAUUAUUAGAAUGAAUGCAAUGAAGUUUUUACCAAAUUUUUUUGAAAAAGGUCAAUUGGCAAAAUUAUUUUUCCUAUUUCCAGAUCCACAUUUCAAAACUAGGAAACAUAAGGCCAGAAUAAUUACAACUCAACUUCUUGCAGAAUAUGCAUAUGUUUUACGCAUUGGUGGAAUCAUUUAUACUAUAACAGAUGUUAAAGAGCUUCAUGAAUGGAUGUUUAAGAGAUUGAAUGAACAUCCAUUAUUUGAGCAUAUAGAUGAACAAGAAUUGGAAAAAGAUCCAGCUGUUCCACAUGUUCGUGAUGCAACAGAAGAAGGAAAGAAGGUAGAACGUAAUAAAGAACAUAUGGAAGAUGAUAUGCAUGAAUGGUGUCUAUUAGAAUAUCGACACAUUGCAACUUUUAUUGAUCCAUCAAAUUUAUAUUUUACAAAUUUAACUGAAAGUCAACAAUUAAAGUUUGAUAAAAUUAAAGAAUUAAAAAAUUCAAAUAAAUUUUUUGAUAAAAUUAAAGAUUUAAGCUUAAUUAAAAAUGACAAAAUUCCAAAAGAAAAAAUAUGUUUAUUAGAUCCAAUGUCAGGCAUAACAUUGAAACCAGAUGAUGGUAAUGUUUUUGAAUAUUUUUUAUUUGGAGGAAUAUUAGGUGAUGAUCCACCAAGAGAUAGAACAGGAGAAUUGAGAGAUUUUGGAUUCCAAACAAGAAAUCUUGAUUCAAUUCAAAUGACAACAGACACAGCAAUGUAUGUUACAAAUAAAAUAAUAAAAGAAAAAGUUCCAAUAGAUAAAAUUUCUUUUAUUGAUUAUCCAGAGAUUAAAUUGAAUAAUAAUGAAUCAACUACAAUGCCAUUUAGAUAUGUUUUAAUUCCUGAUUUAAAUGUAUCUACAUUACAAACAACCAAUCAAGAAUUAAAAAUUAAUGCCGUACCAUUACUACCAUCUGGAAUGAUUGAUUUAUUGAUAAAAGAUGCAGAAAAACCUUUGGAAUUUUGA